CAGCAACGCAACUUACUUAGCACAGGAAGGAAGCUUCUCCAAGCUCCCAACCAAUUCUUGCUAGUCCUGCACGGAAACCCCAGGCAUUUCGCCCAACGUUCAGUUCAAUUGACACCUCAGACGCCGCCUUAUCGCACACACAUCAUGGCGCAACCAUUAUCAUCGGCGGUUCAACCGACUGACAUAUACGGUGGAGAUGAAGUAUCCGCUCUCGUCCUCGACCCGGGAUACUGUUACACACGCGCCGGCUUUGCAGGAGAGGACGUGCCAAAAAGCGUCCUGCCGUCUUUCUAUGGCCACACCGAGGAUGGCCGCGAUCUCUUCGGCGACGAUGUCAUGCUGCCCCGCCCCGGCUUCGAGGUCCGCAACUACAUGAGCCGCGAAAGCAUCGUCGAAGACUGGGACGUCGCUCAGAAGAUGUGGGAACACAUGCUCGUCAAGCGCAUGCAGCCCGAUCGCGUACACCUCCUGGGCCGCAAGCCGCCCAAGCUCAAGCAGUCCCAGCAACAGCAGCCGACCAAGGACAAGGAGGGCGACGUCGAGAUGGGUGGCGCGGAUGGCGAAGCCGCACCCGCAGCCACCGAGGAGGCCGCAGCCGCGGCGGAGGAGGACGAGCUGCUGGAGCUGGCGCUGGGCGAAAACCCGCUGCUCAUGACCGAGUCCCCCUGGAACACGCCCAAGGCGCGCGAGAAGGCCAUCGAGCUGGCCAUGGAGGGCUGGGGUGUGCCGGCCUUUUGGCUGACCAAGACGCCCGUUCUGGCAGCAUUCGCGGCCGGCAAGGCCACGGCGCUGGUUGUGGACUGUGGCGGUGCCAACACGAGCGUCACAGCGGUACACGAUGGCAUGGUGCUCAAACGGUCGGUGCAGCGGUCUCAAGUUGGAGGCCUCUGGCUUUCGGAUCAGAUCCGACGCAUGUGGGACUCACAGGACCCGCGCGUGAAGGCAACGCCACACUUCAUGGUGGAGAACAAGACGCCCGUCGACGCGGGCGCCGAGCCCAACGUCCGCCUGCGAAAGUUUGACUUUGAUAUUCACCCUUCCUUCCGUGCUUACGAGGAGGAGCGCCUCCUGACCGAGUUCAAGGAAUCGGUCGUCGAGGUCUGGCGCGGCCCGCAGAAGUUCACUGCCCCGGGGACUGAGGAGUACAUCAAGUCGCAACCCGGCCGCGUCUUCGAGAUGCCCGAUGGAUACAACCAGAUGUGGCGCGAGCAGCGGUACAAGGUUGCCGAGGGCAUGUGGGACGAGGCCGCCGCGUACCCGGCUGCCUCUGGUAGCAGCAGCAAUGGAAAUGGCGCGACAUCCACGCCGACACCAGCAGGAGCAGCGGCAGCCGAUGGCAGUGCAGCCAAGGUGCAGACUAUCCCGGACCUGAUCAGCGCGUGUCUCAAUGGCGUGGACCAGGAUCUGCGACCUAACCUACUGGCCAACGUCGUGGUUACAGGGAGCACGAGUCUUCUCAACGGCUUCAACGACCGCCUCAACGGAGAGCUGUCAGCCAAAUACCCCACUCUGCGCGUGAAGCUGCACGCCGCUGGUUUGACAACCGAGAGGCGGUUUGGCUCAUGGAUCGGUGGCAGCAUUCUGUCCAGCCUGGGUACCUUCCACCAGAUGUGGAUCUCGCGCAAGGAGUACGAGGAGAACGGGCCAGGUAUUGUCGAGAAGCGGUGCAAGUGAGGCAGCAGGGCCGGUUUGGCGUGGACUAGGCUUGUUGUUCAGCUGCUUUUUAUAAUUCUUUUACUAGCAAGAGGGCGUAUUACGAGUUGAAAAGAGGAGGCAACAAAACAUGGCGUCUGGCG